AUGAAGGGAGCAACUUUACAGUUCGCGACGCUGGAAGCACCUUUUGAUGAUACAGUGCCACUUGACGACAUGUCGGCGUCAAGUCCAGAUUCUCCUUUGGCACCAUCGACUGCGGUUAUCGUUGCUCCUCCACCUAGGUCAUCGUCAUCUUCCUCGUUGCCUCAACAACCGCAGUCCGAUCUUGUUGAGGGCCAAAUCAUGCCAAUACCUGAACACAUCAACAACGCUUAUGACACGGCCCCUAUAGUCGAUUCAGAUGAAGGACGGAGUUACGAGAGCGAAGGGACUACUGUACAGACGGUCUUGCCGGCCCCUGUUACUCGAGCCGCCGCCUUUUCUUCCGUCCUUGUACUUUUUCUCAUUAAUUUACUUAAUUACAUGGAUAGAUAUACAAUAGCCGGUAUCUUAGAAGAUGUGAAGUCGUAUUAUAGUUUGGACAAUAAAGAAUCAGGCCUCCUCCAAACAGCCUUCAUCCUCAGUUACAUGGCAUUCUCACCAAUCUUUGGUUAUCUUGGUGAUAGAUUUAACCGAAAAUAUCUGAUGGCUAUGGGAAUCCUCUUCUGGUCCUGUGUUACAUUUGCAGGUUCUUUUAUUCAAAGAGAUUAUUUUUCUGUCUUUCUUAUUUUGAGGGCUUUAGUUGGCAUUGGAGAAGCCAGUUAUUCAACCAUUGCCCCAACAAUCAUUGCUGAUCUCUAUGUGCAAGAAUCACGCUCAAAAUCACUUAUGUUUUUUUACUUUGCCAUCCCAGUUGGUAGUGGACUUGGUUAUAUUGUUGGGUCAAAUGUUAAAAAUGCUACUGGUGUCUGGCAAUAUGCCCUGCGGGUGACUCCUGCAUUUGGAUUAUUAUGCACCAUCCUUAUUCUAGUUGUUGUCAAAGACCCACCUCGUGGAUUUUCAGAGGGCGGAACUCAUCUCAGAAACACAAGUUAUGUAACUGAUAUAAAAGUUUUAUUAAAAAACAAAAGUUUUCUUUUAUCUUCUGUUGGUUUCACAUGUGUGGCCUUUGUCACUGGAGCCCUUGCUUUGUGGGCACCAAUUUUCAUGUUGGAUGCUAUUCGAACAAAAGAUGUUAAUGCUGAUGAAGCCGCAGUGAGUCUUCGAUUUGGUAUCAUUACGUGUAUGGCGGGUUUUGUUGGUGUGGCUAUUGGCUCAGAGUCUGCAAGGCGUUACAAAAAGAUCAACCCAAGAGCUGAUCCCCUUAUCUGUGCAAUGGGAUUAUUGUCAUGCACGCCCUUUAUCUUCUUUGCAUUAUUAAUAUCGCAAUAUCAUAUUAUAAUGACUUGGGUACUUAUAUUUAUUGGUGAAACCUUGCUGUGCCUUAACUGGGCAAUUGUUGCUGAUAUUUUGUUGUAUACUGUCAUUCCCACUCGACGUUCACUUGCAGAGUCAUUUCAGAUUGUUCUUUCACAUCUGUUUGGUGAUGCUGGUAGUCCAUACAUUGUAGGCUUGAUAUCUGACAGUUUGGUUACAAAUUAUCCAGAUGUUUUGCAAAAUAGUUACUUUGUUCAAUUUGCCACACUGCGUAAUGCACUUUACAUGACAAGUUUUGUGUGUGUCCUUGGAGGCGCUUCAUUCCUUGCCACUGCCAUUUUUGUGGAAAAAGAUAAAGCAAGAGUGGAUAAUUUAGUUAGAGGCAGUGGUGGUGAUGAUGAUGAGAUAGAUGUCUUCUGCAGCCCUUCUAGGGUUAGCCAAGGCUAUGCUUAUGGAGCUUGUGGUCACUUAGGGCCACAUCCACUACAACCCUGCGGUAUUGAAGAUGAAAGUGAUGAGGAACCUUCACCCCCUGAUGUGCUUUGA